GAAACCAUAAAUUCAUAAAUGAAUAUCAUUUUUUUUUUUUUCGUUUUCCAAAAAUUUUUCGUUACCGAUAGAAAAAACGCAAUUGACAGAGCUGAGCUUUGAUUUUUUUUUUUAAUAAUAAUCGAAGUACGUUGAAAAAAAUAAAAAAUCGUUCGAAAUUACAAAAAAUUGAAGUGAAGCAAUGUGAAGUUACGUGAUGAAAGAGAAAAAGAAAAUUUUGGUAACCCUUGGCAACUGUUUCUCGCGCUUUUACCUUCAUUUGUCAUUGAAUCACCGAGAAAAUUUCCUAGUGCACCGUUCAAACCGUCGACUCUGUCAUAAUCCUCUCGUAACGUCAAAAUUAAUAUUCCGAAAAAAGGCGAAACGCAUCUACAGAGCGUGGGAUAGCGGCGCGAGGAGCCGCGCGCUCCCUUAAUGCUACCAUCAGAUCCGAUAAAUACGGGACUAACGUCCGCAGAUCCAUCCGUGUUUUCUUCGUCUUGUUAUGUUUAGGGCUCUUAUGCCACUGUACAUCUUGCCGAAUAUGUUGAUGGUACGAGUUCGAAGAAAAUGCGCCUCGCGUGCAAGAUCUUCGACAAAGAAAAAGCCCCGGUGGACUGCCUCGAAAAGUUUUUUCCCCGUGAACUUGAGAUUCUUACGAAAAUCGAAAACCCUCACAUAAUCCAGAUUCACAGUAUACUUCAGCGAGGCCCAAGAGUAUUCAUAUUCAUGCGAUGUGCAGACAACGGUGAUCUCUUGGAUUUCGUCAAACGAAACGGUCCGGUGAUAGAGCAGCAGUCGAAAUUAUGGUUUCGUCAAAUGGCUUCAGGACUGCAUUACCUUCACAGCAAGAACAUAGCCCAUCGUGAUCUCAAGUGCGAAAAUAUACUUUUGUCACGAAAGUUCAAUGUCAAAUUGGCUGAUUUCGGUUUUGCGAGAUUUUGUGUGGACGAUAAUGGUCGAAGAGUAUUGAGCGAAACGUACUGCGGCUCGGCGGCUUACGCGGCACCGGAAGUCGUUUCCGGGACACCGUACAAUCCAAAACUCGCCGAUGUGUGGUCACUCGGAAUUAUAUUGUUCAUUAUGCUCAACGAAAGGAUGCCGUUCAACGAUGAAAAUCUUCGUCAAUUGUUGAAGGAUCAAAUGUCUAAAAAGUGGGUCUAUCGUGCACGCGUUCAAGAUACCAUUUCACCUUUAGCUAAAAGUAUUAUCCGACACAUACUCGAGCCCGAUAUCACCUUGAGACUGACCCUUGAUCGCGUCCUGGGACACGAAUGGGUCAGAACUAAAAAAGACAAAUCGGCUUCGAUCGCUGGACGACUCGUCCAUUCGGCACCGCCCAUACAUCCGCAGGUGAGCAACGGUGGAAGUACUUCCGGUGGGGCCGGAAAUCCCCUGAAGGCAGCUCGCAUGGGCCUGGGGGCGUUCAAAGCUUCUGCAAAUUCGACUCAUCCGACGAAUGGAAAAGCUACUGAAACUUCAAGGAAGGAAACUACGACUCAACCGUCUGUGCCAACUUCCUAAGGAGCGGAUACAGCAAGAAAUCCGAGAAUUCCGUUUUCAAAAUAUCCGAAGUACGAGAACGCUUGACUGGCAAGACAAAAGUAAAGAAAUUCAUAAAAACUAUUCUGGCUUGAAAAAACGAAAAACGAAAAAGAUCAAUAGGAGUUUUCAACGUUCUUUUUUUUUUAUAUUUUGAGAAUUUUUUAUCUUUCCUCAAGAUUUCUACUGGAAUGAAGUUUUAUAAGUUUUGAUGAUUAGCGAAACGAAACAUUAGCUGAUGAACGUGGCUGUAAAUUUUCAAUAAAUAGUAACGGAAACGAGUUUAUUAGGCAAUAAUUAAAUUUAUUGUACAUCUAUUCUCUAUCAAUAUACAAAACUAUAAUUUUUGGUUACAUAUACAUGCACAUAUGUAUAAUAACGUAAUAAUGUGCAGAUUA